AUGUUCGGAAUUUUCGCAGACUUGCUGUCUUCGGGCCUGACUAUUCUGCUUCCUAUCUUUGCUUCCUACAAGGCACUCCGCUCGUCUGACCCCUCGCAGCUGGCACCAUGGUUGAUCUACUGGGUGAUCCUUUCUAUCGCGUUGUUGGUUGAGUCGUGGACUUAUUUUAUUGUCGGAUGGUUCCCAUUCUACAGCUGGUUUCGUCUCUUUUUCUUGUGCUAUCUCGUUCUUCCUCAGACCCAAGGCGCGAAGGUCUUAUAUCAGCAAUAUGUCGAUCCUUUCCUCGCGCAGCAUGAGCGUGAAAUUGAGGAGUUCAUUGUUAACAGCCACGAGCGUGCCAAGACCAUGGGACUUCAAUACUUCUACCAGGCCAUCGAUUUGAUCCGAGAGAAGGUUCUUGGUUUGCCUGCUCAGAGUGCCGCAGCCCCUCCCCAGGCCGCUGGCCCUGCUGCUUACGCCCAGUCGUUCCUCUCCCGCUUCAACAUCCCCACCGGAACUGGUGCUGCUCCAAGCCAAGCACCCGCUACCAACGAUUGGUAUUCCACUCUGACUUCGGCUGUAGCCUCUAUGGCAUCUGCUGGUAAAAGCCACGAAGACCGAGCAAAUGAGCUCUCUGCAAGCGGAAACUUGUUCCCCCGGGAAAUGGCCUCCAUGUCCCCCUCCGAGAAACAGAAGUUCAUCACCAACCAGCGCGAUAUGUUGGAAGUGCUGCGCACCGCAUUGGCUAAGGAAGAAAGCAACCUGGGCAACCACGGUCAGACCGAAGAUCAUCUGGCGUAUGGCGGUAUUCCCUUGAAGAAAAACCGCAGCGAGAACUCGUUUGACCACAUCGAGCAUGAGGACACCCGUACCCCCGGAAACCAAGGCAGCAGUGGAUGGGGAUUGUUUGGACAGCAGGCCGGAUCGUCUGGUGUGGACUUUGCGGCGAAGGCUGUGGAUGAGCUUACCCGCUCGAGGGGACAGGGACAAUCGUAA